AUGUAAAAUUAGUGUGCUUCUCACCCAAUGGUGUAACAUUAGCUUCUUGAGACGGCUAAGAUAUAUACUAAAAUGGAAUCUUAAAACAAGAAAAUAAAUCUCAAAAUUUUAUGGUCUUUUUUGUUGUUUGUUCAUUUUGUUUCUCUCCUGAUGGUGCUACAUUAGCAUCUGGUAGUUCAGAUAGUUCUAUUCGUUUAUGGACGUUAAGACAGAAUAAUCUAAAGCUGGAUUCGAUAAUAAUUUGGAUCAAGAUAAUCCUAAUUAUUUCACACCUUAUGGUACUACAUUAGCAACUUAUGGCAAGGUUAUCUGUUUGUGGGAUGUUAAGACAGGUAAAAUAAAAAGCCACAUUAGAUGUCAUUUGAGUUAUGUUUGUUCAAUUUGUUUCUCACCCAACGAUAACACUAUCCUUUAUGGGAUGGUACUUAGCUAGCAUCUUGUAGUAAUGAUAACUCUAUCCGUAAAUAGAAUGUUAAGACAGAAUAAUAAAAGCCAAAUUAGAUGUCCAUUCAAAUGAUGGCAUGCUUAGUCUGUUUCUCUCCUGAUGGUACUACAUUAGCAUCUUGUACUUAAGAUAAUUCGAUCCGUUUAUGGAAUUUUAAGACAGUAUAAUAAAUCUUAUCAGAAAAUAAUUGCUAUAAUGAUAUUCUAGUAUAAUUUUCACCUGAAAUUUAUAACAACACCCUUAUCUUAGAAAGUGGGAUUUAUUUUUCAUUAUUAUUUAGCUACCUCUAAUAUUACAAUUCUUAGAAAUUUCAUAAAAUCCCUUUUUCCAAGCCAAAGAUGAUCUAAUCCUUAAAAGGGAAUUAAUAGACUAUUCAGGCAUAAAUCUAAGAUUUUCGAUCAAAUCUAAAGGAAGUUACAUUUAUAAGAUAUAUUGUAUUCUAAAAAAAAUGA